AUGUUGCUUGAAUCGAAGAAGAGAACACGCGUUCCAGACGAAGAAAGUGAUAAUAACGAAAGUGUUGAAGGUUUUGGUGGUGUUAUGAUGGAUGGCAGGAAUAAUUACAAGGAAAAGGCUGGAAAAGUAGACUUGAAGAGAAUGCGGUUAGAUUUGGACCAUGAAAACUUGAGAGUGGUUCCGUCCGAACUCUUUAACUCAAGUGGUACGUCUUUAUUAAAUCCAAAUAUCCAUAAACUUCAUCGUAACCCAAUCAGAAUCUCGACAAGAUCCGAUGCAUCAUCAUCCUCCUCUACUGAACUUUUAAAUCCUUAUAUGAACAUCAAUUCGGUUUUGUAUCUCGCUAAUUUGACGCGAACUUCGCAUAUUGUGAAUGAAUUGCAAGAUGAUCUUGGAUGCAUGGAAAUUGACGAGAGAGUUGCGUGUGCAAAUCAUCAUGGAAGAAGACAGGAAACUUCUUCAUCCGCAAUUGAGAAUGUUGGUUCUAUUGAUCAAGGAUUGAGUCAUGACCUUCAUUAUCGGUUUCAGAAUGGUGAGUAUAUUAAUGAAGGUUCUUCAGAGGUGACCGGUUACCAGUCCAUUAAUGCAAUUUUGAGAGAAGCUUUCUUAAGAAGGCAUCAACACGUGGAUGCUCAAGAUUAA